AUGGAAUUUUUUAAAAAGGAUUACAAGGAGUGGUCGGAGAGCUCGGACAGCAAAGUCAGCGAGUACAUCGUGAAACGACCGGGCAAAUUAAGAACCAUACCUCAAGCUCAUGGGAGAGAGAUGCCCGCGGUUUUAGCUGAACUGAAAGCCGCUUUGCCGGACAUAAGCCCAAAAGAAGUUAGGAGAUUUUAUAUGCCGUAUCACGAGGCGAUUCUUCUUGAACUCGAGGAAGAGGGAUACCCGGAAGCGCAUCGUUACAUGAAAGACAUUCUAAAGCUCGACGAGCAGAUUGCGGCGAAAACGCCUGGGAUGCUAACGUGGAAGAAGCCACGUUUGAAGGACGACAAAGAUUUUAUACAUAGUCUGAAGAACGGAUUGGUCACGGCCGAACAGGGUAAAACGCUCGGUGAUUUCGUGUUGCGAGCCAUGUCGUUUAUGGACACCGCUCUGUUCUUUCAAACGAAAACGUGGGAAUGGUGGUGGAUAGCCGAACGUCUUUACCAAUCGGCCCUAGCCGCAGCAGAAAUGAUCGAGCACGACGAUUAUCAAACGAUCACGUUGAUACGCUAUUUGUACGGACGGUUUCUCUUUAACGAGUUACAGAAUCCGAAGGAAGCUAUAGAUUACUUGGAGAAGGCGCGGGAGGAAUCGAAGGGUAAAAGGUGGAACGCGUCGAAGAAGCUAGGCGUGAAACAGAAUUCCAUUUUCAAAGAGAGCAACGUACUUCUGUACAAAGCCCUUUUGAUCCUUGUACGGAACGAACGUCCAAAUAAUCCAGCUCGCGCUCUGGAAUUCUGUACCGAGGCUUUGGAGAGGGCCACCGAUGCCGGUAAUACCGAGUAUGUGAACGAGACUCUGUACGAGCUUGGGAAGUGUCACGUUGCUGUGAACGAUAUCAAAAGCGCGUUGCAAAGUUUCUCGAAGCUGCUUGCCCUGGCGAAGAGGACUCAAGACGUCGACGGCGUUUGCCACGCGCACAUGGAACUAGCAUUUGCAUACAAACAAUUGAACGACAACGAUUAUACGGAGAAGCAUUUACUGAUGUGGCGGAACAACGCUGAAGAUUUUGGGCUUCUCGAGAAACUCGCGGAUGCGCAUUAUUAUACCGGUGAACAUUAUCUGAGCCAGGGAAAGCUGCAUUUGUCUACGAACCAUUUGGAAACCGCUUUGAACUUGUACAACAGGCUCGACUUGUCUCGCGACGCUGACCGCGCAAGAUGCAUCGCAGGAAUUUCUAAAGGUCAAGAGAUAAUCGAGAAGUACAUCGGCAUAGUGUUACGAUGCGGCGAUUAUGACCAGACCGCGACUUUAAAACUUUGCCGAUGGAAGAGUAAUAGAGAGCCUUUUUGGACCGAGGAGAUCUAUGGUAAUCGCGAUCAGAUUUACAUGUAUUAUUCAGUCUCUCACUAUCAUUACAGUAAUUCAAUAUGCACAUACAUCUUUCUCCCCUCAGUUCUUACAUAUACUUAUUAUAUAUACAUAAACACUUAG